AUGCCCAAAUCUCCCCGCGCCCGGACGGUGCCCUCGAAAAGGUCUACAAGAGUUACCACCCGGGCUACGGCCACCUCAGCCAAGACCCCUUCGCAUUCAGCUGCGCAAAGUCUAGCUGUAUCCAAAUUCUCAACCCCUCAAAGAGCCUUAAGCUUCGACUCCGACCUCUCUUCGGCCCCCCCGUCCGAUCUUGAAUCCGAUAACAUCUACAACGAUGAUAUCGCUCAUCCCGCAAAGCUUGAGACGAUCCAGGAUAAAGUCGGCGAAGCUGCCUGCGAGAGUUCCGGCAGGUUAGAGGAUAUGGAGAACGAAAUGGAAACCGAGGAGGUACAGAAGGGGGCAUCCGAGUCUGCCGCCUUGCAGCAGGUGGAAGCGGACGAGUCGAUGGAGUCGGACAAGGCCGAUGAAGACAACUCGACGCAGUUGGUGGGACCGGGCGCAGACAACUCGAUGGAGUUGGACAAAGUGGAAAUGGUCGAACCGAUGGAGUUGGAGCCGGUGGGGGCAGACAACUUGGUAGAGUCGGAGAUCAUGGAGGCCGACAAAGCCGCUGCAGAAUCGGACAUUGUAGACCACCGAGAUCCUCGAUCCUCGUGCACCACCGAUAACGAGAGGUCGUCCGAACCGGCCCUGACAUCGGAAGCGAAACGUCAAGAGAUCAGGAUGGGCAAACGAAGGGAAAUCUUGCCGAAGACGGAGACGGAGGUCCAGGUUCGAGAUUCCUUGACAAAACCUGCCGGUCUUGGGGACCCGGGGCGGUCUACAUCAGAACUUUUCGCCAUUACCCACACGAUGAGGCAAUUCCUGCAAGACAUCCAGGCGGCCACGACACCAAUGACCUCGGAGAUCGAGAAGAUACAGCUUCUCAGCUCGUUGUGUCGGUUCGGUUUAGGAGAUCUCCACGGAGAUGCAGAACUGGGCAAGCAGAGACGAACGUGGCUGAGCAGCAACGGCGUGAGCUUGAGGAACUUUGACCCUGAAGCACUGUUGAAGAUGGGGCUCAUCACGGAGAUGGAAAAAGAUCAAAUCGUCAGCCACAAACAAGCCAUCAAACGCUUUGGUGACUUGAAAGAGAAUGUCGAUCGUCUAUCACAGCUAUGGACAGACACGGGAUCCAGCCAGCCCCUGGACGUCGACACCAUGUCGUUCUUGGAAGGACUCGUGCCGGAGGUCGGGAAUCUGUUGGAAUUGCUGGCUCCAGGCAUCUCUUCAAAGAUCGAGACAGGGGGCAAUACUCGCAAGGAGGGUGUACCUGAGGGGGAGAAUUAA